AUGGGAUCGGAGAGCGGGAGCCAGGCCAUCUUAGAAAAGCACAAGUACUUCCACCAGCUUGACUCGAUUUUAGGAAGGAGAGCCUACGACGCCGAUGUGAGUUCUGAUGAGGACGAAGACGACGCCUUUGACGAAGAGGAAGAGGCUCUCCGGAGAAAGUGCCGCGGGUUUCUCAAGGACGCGCAUGCGCCCACGCGCCGCAUAGCAACUCCUUUGAACUCAUCUCAAUCCUCUCUCUCGGCGUCCCAGACCCGGCCUGGGGUACCUCCCAAAAGGGUUGUCUCUGCCCCUUUACCUACCACUAUUGCCAUAGAGGCUACUCCGGUGAGCGAGCAUCCGCGGAAGCGCGCCGGAGAGGCUGCCGUGAUAGACUUGACGGCUUCAUUUGUUGAAGAGACCCCCGAGCGAGACUACGCCCUUGUUACGCAAGAGGACGGCCGCUGCUACUCUCCUCAACUUGGAAAACGACUCGCCCUCUAUAUCCUUGGCCAUGAAGAAGCAUCGAAUCUUCUCCGGCUUGCGCUUUUUUACAUUCCUGACAACGACGUCGCCCCAUUGAGGAGGGCCCGUAUAACCAAAGCGCGGGAGCACGGAGCUGCUUGGACAAGGGAUAUGGCUGAGGCCACCCACAUCGUCGUAGACAAGCACCUCAAAUUCGCUGAUAUCGCGGCAACUUUGGAGACCCGCCCCACCUCCGAGGACGCUGCCCUUGUCAACGACGAAUUCCCCCUCGAUUGCAUCUCUUUUAAACAUCUUCUUAAUCCCCGCCAGCUCAAGUAUCGGGUCGCCGGCGACCCUAGUGGAGUGGCCACUGGGGAAAAGCCCGAAGACUCGACAUCUCCGGGCAAGACGACAGUCGCCCGGAAGCAGAGGGAUUCGCCGCCCCUGAGGCACCCGCACGCCAACGCAAAGAUAUGGACUCAUCUGCCGAAUUUUGGUACCCAGUCCCAGGACUCCGGGCCCCCGCCACCCCUUGAGGACCCGGGUUCCGGUGCCCAGCUUGACCCAACGCGCGACCACAUUGUGAUCUCUGACGACUCGCAACCGGUGCCGCCAAAAGAGGACCUUGUCGGGGACGAGCUCUCGGGCUAUAUCAACAUGAUGCAGCAGUAUAGAGCCCUUCCGCUUGAUGAUGAGCUUGAAGAUGAGGGCGGUGAAGAUGACGCUGCCACCACCAUCGUCGCCUCCGACGAUGACAACCCGGGCAAAGGGUCUAGCUCCGAAGAAGAAGAGCUGCGGAGGAAGACUCGCCGCACCACCUCGGCAGCCGCCGCUAAGCGCGUCAAGAAGAGUCUCAAGUUUGAGGAGCGUUUUGCCUGCAACCAGGGCGGCACCCGAGACAAGGCUGACGAGUGCCCCAACGCACGCACCGUGGAGGUGCUUCAGGAAAUGUGCACCUACUACACGCGCAUGAACGAUACCUGGCGGACCCUUGGGUAUCGCAAGGCCAUCAAGACUCUCCAGCGCCAGGACUCCAAGAUUCGCACCGCCGAGGAGGCUCGCCUACUACCUAAUAUCGGGGACCGCCUCGCCCUCAAGAUUGAGGAGAUUGUCACCACCGACAGGCUGCAGAGGCUCGAGUACGCCCACGCUGAGCCCCUUGACGCGGUCCUGCAGCUGUUCCUCAACAUCUACGGCGUCGGGCUGUCCCAGGCGAACCAGUGGAUCGCUCAGGGUUUCCGGACCCUCGACGACCUGCGCGACAAGGCCAAGCUUACGCCCAACCAGCGCAUCGGCGUCGAGGCCCUCGGCGACUUUGUCAAGAGCGCCGCCCGGCGACUCGACCCGGCCGUUGAGCUCAUCGUCGGUGGGAGCUAUCGCCGAGGCGCCGAGUCCUCCCACGACAUUGAUUUCAUCGUCACCAAGGCCGGCACUAGGACCACCACCGACCUCGCUCCGUUCCUGGCCAAGCUGCUCGCCCGCCUCGAGGCUGAUGGCUUCAUCGUCGCUACCCUCGCUGCAUCUCGUACCCGAACCGACCCAAGCAAGUGGCAUGGCUGUUGCGUCCUCCCGAUGGCCUCCCCAGACCCGCAAAUCGCGAACCCCGACCAGGCCACGGCCGCCACCACGGCUACCCGGAACUCACCCAUCUGGCGGCGCAUCGACUUCCUCCUCGUCCCCGAGACGGAAAUGGGCGCCGCCCUCAUCUACUUCACCGGCAACGACAUCUUCAACCGCAGCAUGCGCCUCCUCGCCUCUCGCAAGGGCAUGCGCCUGAACCAGAGAGGCUUGUACGAGGGCGUCAUGAGGGGCCCGGCCGCCAGAAGCUCACAGAGGGAACGCUGGUCGAGGGCAGGAGCGAAAAGAGAAUCUUUGAGAUUUUAG